AUGGCCCCGGUUGGUAUUCUUACGGCGGCGAGUUGUUUGGUCAUAAAGUACGAGCUUUUGAUGAAUCUGCUCGGGUCGAGACGGAGUACCCGGACGCCACCAACGCACCGGACGCUAACGCACCGGACGCAACGCACCGGACGCCAAAGUACCGGACGCCACGCAAACGCACCCGACGCCAACGCACCGGACGCCAACGCACCGGACGCCAACGCACCGGACGCUAACGCAACGGACGCCAACGCACCGGACGCCAACGCACCGGACGCCAACGGCACCGGACGCCAACGCAGCCCGGACGCCAACCGCACCGGACGCCAACAGCAAGACGAAACGGACGCCAACGCACCGGACGCCAACGCACCGGACGCCAACGUACCGGACGCUAACGCACCGGACAGCAACGCACACGGACAGUAA